UUCCCCUUUGUUUACGUCUCUAAACUCCAUCGCGAAAAUGGCUUCAUCAGGUGCUCCCAUAGCUAACGCCGCCGUCACCUACUCCACUUUCAACUCUCUUCGCCUCAGCUGGCGCCUCAUCCGCUACUGGGAUUCCCAGAACAUUAACAAGAACGGAGAAUUUAUGGGGAUAAAGAUUCUUCUCCUCGGUGAAUUGGACUCUGUGAUUCACGGGUUCAUUUCCGCUAAUCAGGCCAGCCAUUACUGGAACGAUUUGAAAACCGGUUCUAUUGUGAGAUUAGAUUGGACCGUUUUGAAGUUUUACGUUCGCACACAUGUACAAGAUCAUGGAGCAUCAGUUCAUGAUCUGUUUCAUCCCUUCCACGCGUAUUGGUGAGGUCCUGGCGGAUGCUCCUGUGAUAAAGUCUGACAGAUUAAUGGUGUGACAGAUUAAUGGUGCGCCUGAAUGAUUCUAUUGUACCAGAUUUAUGGUACUGCUUUCUGCAGAGAAAGAAGUACCAGAUAUUCUAGCUUAUUGCAUUGAAGAACAAUGCAUUGUAGGUGAGUAGGUUCGUUAGGAUAAGUUUUUUGGGAUAUGAAACUAUGGUUCUCUUUUUUAAUGUGUGCCCCACUAUAGCAAAAUUUUAAGCGUG